UUUCCCCUCCCACCUCUGGCAAGUUCAGCGGACGCUCUAGCUCGCCGGCUUUGGGGGCUUCACGGCGCGACUGGGUCGGGGCUGCCGCGGCCCCGGAGGGACACGGAGAUACUCGGGAAACCGCGGUCUGAGCUGACCGGGCCGCGUGGGAGCACGAUGACAGCGGAGGCGCGGGGGGCUCCCGGCGGUGGCUGAGGGGCGGGCGGCGGGAACGUGCCUCUCAGGCGAGCUCGGCCCAUGACAGCGAGCUACGCGCGCACUGGCACAGGCGAGCCCGGCGGAGGCGAGGAGGGCAUAGGCGAACCCAGCUCUCGCGCUAUCUCUGGCGGCUCGGGUGGCGCUCGCUGCGGGGAGAGCGUGAGCCGCGCGGAUCGCUCCCGUCCCGUCCGCCGGAAAGUUUAGCGUGUGGCGGCCGUGCCCGCCCCGCGGCUCCGCCAGGGAAAGUUUCGGGAGCCGGCUCCGCAGGGAGGAAGUUACGCGCGAAGCAGGAGCUUGGGAACGCCGCGGCUCGGACUGAGGAGUCUCCCAGCGCUUGGAUAAAGUAGGCUCCGUCAGCGAGCCCGGCCGGGAUUGGGCCGCUCGGAGGAGGGGAGGGGGAAGAAGCGGGCUGCUCGCCGUCGGGAUCCCCUCCGUUUUUGGGGGGGGGAUCUUGGCUCCUUUUCCCGCCCCUCUUCCCCACCGCUUUGAUAUAUGCUUCUGGGGAGCGGCGCCCCCCUCUUCACCGCCCAGCCAUGUCGGCGGCCAUCUCUGCCUCGGAGAAGGUGGAUGGCUUCACGCGGAAAUCGGUGCGCAAGGCUCAGAGGCAGAAGCGCUCGCAGGGCUCUUCGCAGUUCCGGAGUCAGAGCAGCCAGGUGGAGCUCUCGCCUCUGCCCCAGCUCAAAGAUGCCACCUCAAAUGAACAGCAAGAUCUCUUUUGUCAGAAGUUGCAGCAGUGUUGUAUACUGUUUGACUUCAUGGACUCUGUUUCAGACCUGAAGAACAAAGAAAUUAAGAGAGCCACAUUGAAUGAACUGGUUGAAUACGUUUCAACAACUCGUGGUGUGAUUGUUGAGUCAGCAUAUGCUGACAUAGUGAAAAUGAUUAGUUCUAAUAUUUUCAGAACACUUCCACCAAGUGAUAAUCCAGAUUUUGAUCCAGAAGAAGAUGAACCUACUCUUGAAGCCUCCUGGCCUCACAUACAGUUGGUGUAUGAAUUUUUCCUGAGAUUUUUGGAGAGCCCAGAUUUCCAGCCUAGUAUUGCAAAGCGAUACAUUGAUCAGAAAUUUGUACAGCAGCUGUUGGAGCUUUUUGAUAGUGAAGACCCACGAGAGCGUGAUUUCCUAAAGACAGUCCUUCAUCGAAUUUAUGGAAAAUUCCUUGGAUUAAGGGCAUUCAUCAGAAAACAAAUCAACAACAUUUUCCUCAGGUUUAUAUAUGAAACAGAACAUUUUAAUGGUGUUGCUGAACUACUUGAGAUAUUGGGAAGCAUUAUUAAUGGUUUUGCACUGCCAUUGAAAGCAGAACACAAACAGUUUCUUAUGAAGGUGUUGAUUCCUAUGCAUACUGCUAAGGGAUUAGCUUUGUUUCAUGCACAGCUGGCCUAUUGUGUUGUACAGUUCCUGGAAAAAGAUACGACAUUAACAGAACCAGUUAUCAGAGGACUGCUCAAAUUUUGGCCAAAAACUUGCAGUCAGAAAGAGGUGAUGUUUUUAGGUGAAAUUGAAGAAAUCUUAGAUGUAAUAGAACCAACUCAGUUCAAAAAAAUAGAAGAACCUCUAUUUAAGCAGAUAUCCAAGUGUGUGUCAAGUUCCCAUUUUCAGGUUGCAGAAAGGGCUUUGUAUUUCUGGAAUAAUGAGUACAUUCUUAGUCUGAUUGAGGAGAACAUUAACAAAAUUCUACCAAUUAUGUUUGGUAGUUUAUACAAGAUCUCCAAAGAACACUGGAAUCCGACCAUUGUAGCACUGGUGUAUAAUGUGCUGAAAACACUGAUGGAAAUGAAUGGCAAGCUAUUUGAUGAACUUACAAGCUCAUACAAAGCAGAAAGACAAAGAGAAAAAAAGAAGGAAUUGGAACGUGAAGAGUUGUGGAGAAAGUUAGAAGAGCUAAAGCUAAAGAAGACUCUGGUUGAAAAGCAAAACAGUACUCACAACGUGCUAAAUGCACACAACAGUACAAGUGCCAAAUAAAGAAACGAUGACCUCUGCUUGAUAGACAUACUUUUGUACACAUUUUUGGAAUAUGUAAAAAUUGCAAAACAGAAACUUCAUCAGUAUAGUAGAAAUGGCCAACUUUUUUUCUGGCAAAAUGUAAAUGGGGGAAAAAAAAUCUAUGACUUUAAAUACAAGAGUUGAAUGAUAUAUCAUUACCACAGCAUAUUGUAAAUUUGUCUAAUCAUUGAUACGUCACUUCUGAAGUUUCACAGAAAUGAAUUUUAUUCAUAAUAUGAGUGAGAAUUAUGGGAGUGGUGAGACUUAUGACUUGAAUUUUCUUUUUGAUUGUGUUGCACAUAGGUGGUGUAGUCUAUGUACAUUUUUCCUUUGUUUUAUACAUGCUUUUUACAUUGCUGCAAACCUUGGUUGAGAUUCUAGAAAAGGCUUCUCGUUCUGCUGUAUUUUCUCAAAUAAAACUAAGGUACAUUACUUUUUACCUGUAACUUGAUGGGAUAUUGUGUGUGCCCUUUAUUAUUAGAGAUCUCAAAGAUACUGUUGUAUAGAAUUCCACUGAGUGAAGAUGCCUAUGCAAUGGGUUUAAAUUUUUAAUUAUGAAAAGCACAAGUUAGGAAUAAGAUGAAGUAUGAAAACAUAAAAUAAAACUCUAGUUUGAACAGAUAACUGUAUAUCUUGUGUCUGACCUUCCACUUUGAUGAAUGCCUUGCUGUUCACAUGCCCCCUCCAUGCUUCUCUCUGCUGGGUCUGUUUAAGUUUGUUUCUUAUCCUGCAGCUGAGGAUGGAGCUUCCCUUAGAGCCCAUCAAUGAAGCUCUUAUGUCAACCCAAGGAAUCUCUGUGGAACAAUGCAGUUCCCUCCUUCAGAGGCUGAUUGAGCUGUUUCUGCAGCACUUUCAGCUUCUGCUGGCCUGGGGAGUGAGACAAAAUCUGGCAUUCCAAACAAGGUUUCUCUACGGCAGUGCAGAGCACUAACCACAAAUGCCUUGUUUUAUUUAGUGAAAAUGCAGUAUGCUGCUUAAAUAUGGAAAAAGCUGACUAUAGAAGUCGUUUGUUUUACUUAAUCAAGUCUUGCUCACAUCUUUUAUCAGACAUACCAUUCCAAUCUCUUAAAUUGCAGUUGUGUGAAAACUUUUGUAAUAAAAUCUUCACUAGGAGAUUGAGCAGCAUUCAAUAAAGUCUUUAUGUUUGUAUUUAA